AUGAGCAACACCGCAGCCCCGGAGUUUCGGGAGGUGAAGACUCGACAGGGGGGGUCUCACAUUCGCUCUCUGGACUUAUUCCGCCUCGACGGUCGUACCAUCGUCAUUACCGGCGGCGCUGGAUAUCUGGGAAUUGAGGUAGCUGGGACGGUUCUUGAGGCCGGAGGCGACGUCGUCUGCCUCGACAUCGUAGCAUCGCCGCCCGAAGAGCCAUGGAGCAACCUCGCCGAUCUUGCUAAGCAGCACGAUGGGAAGAUCUGCUAUGUAAGACUGGAUGUCACCGACGCCAAAGCCAUCUCCGACACGUUUGCGAAGUUUGUUCCGGGUCUGAGGUAUCCGAUUCGAGGUUUCGUCGGAUGCGCCGGCGUUUCCGACAACGAUCCGGCUCACGAGUUUUCUAUCGAACGCUUCCGACGGUUGAUGGAGAUCAACGUUACUGGAACCUUCGCAGCGGCGCAGGCCGUGGCGUUGGAGAUGAAGAAGGCUGAUGUGAGCGGAAGCAUGGUUCUCGUAGCCAGCAUGAGCGGGACAAACGUCAAUAAAGGCGUAGAUACUGCGGCAUACAACAGCUCCAAGUCCGCCCUACUCCAGCUUGCCAGAUCGCUGGCGGCGGAAUGGGGUUCCCGGAAGGGUAUGCCGCUCGUUCGCGUUAACACUUUAUCGCCCGGCUAUAUCCGGACCCCCGCGACGACGGAGGCUCUUCAGAAGCCGGGGAUGGAGAACCAGUGGACCGGGGAUAGUAUGCUAUACCGCCUAAGUCUGGUCGAUGAGUUCCGGGGGCCUGUACUGUUCAUGCUCAGCGACGCGAGCAGUUUCAUGACUGCCGCUGAUCUGAGGGUUGAUGGAGGGCACUGCGCUUGGUAG